CUAGGAGGAGCCGCGGCUGGGCAGCCUCCCUGAGCCCCUCAGCUCCUAGCCUUUCUCUGGUCUGUCCCCGCCUCCUCCAGUGCCUCCACUCCCACUACCCAGGAGGGCAGUGCGGGGAGCGAGUGCUGCUUUCGCUUUCCCUUCCCCGUGCCCACUCCUCGCUCCGCGUGCGGCCCUAGGCUGCCGCCCCGGCCAUGGCCACGCUCAGGGUCCUGCCCGAAGCCCAAGCCAAGGUGGAUGUGUUCCGUGAAGACCUAUGUGCUAAGACAGAGAACCUGCUCGGGAGCUAUUUCCCCAAGAAGAUUUCUGAGUUGGAUGCAUUUUUAAAGGAGCCAGCUCUCAAUGAAGCCAACCUGAGCAAUCUGAAGGCCCCGCUGGACAUCCCAGUGCCUGAUCCAGUCAAGGAGAAAGAGAAGGAGGAGCGGAAGAAACAACAGGAGAAGGAAGACAAGGAUGAAAAGAAGAAAGGGGAAGAUGAAGACAAAGGUCCUCCUUGUGGCCCAGUGAACUGCAAUGAGAAGAUCGUGGUCCUCCUGCAGCGCCUGAAGCCUGAGAUCAAGGAUGUCAUUGAGAAGCUCAACCUGGUCACCACCUGGUUGCAACUGCAGAUACCUCGGAUUGAGGAUGGGAACAAUUUUGGAGUGGCUGUCCAGGAGAAGGUGUUUGAGCUGAUGACCACCCUUCACACCAAGCUGGAAGGCUUCCACACUCAAAUCUCCAAGUAUUUCUCUGAGCGAGGUGAUGCUGUGACCAAAGCGGCUAAGCAGCCCCACGUGGGUGAUUAUCGGCAGCUGGUGCACGAACUGGAUGAGGCAGAGUACUGGGAUAUCCGGCUGAUGGUCAUGGAGAUCCGCAACGCUUAUGCUGUGUUAUAUGACAUCAUCCUGAAGAACUUUGAGAAGCUCAAGAAGCCCAGGGGAGAAACAAAGGGAAUGAUCUAUUGAGAGCCUCCUCUCAUUCUGUGAUUGGUCCAGCAGAGACCUUCCUGACUUUCACAGGAGACUCCAGACUUUCCCCACCUUCUGUCUGUUGAGGUUUCUCCCUCACCUUGCCUCCCAGGCACAAUAAAUCUAGUCAUACCAUUGCCCAACAGCCCAAGUCUCUUUAUUGGAUCCUGAGCCUCCCCUCUGGCCCUGGCUCAGGUAUUUCCAUUUGUGGGACCAACCCACUGGGUGAUUUGGGCGUUGAGCUGCUGGUUGGUCCAAUCCUCCCGGAUGUCGUCAAGGUGGCAGUCAAAGUCCACAAGGUGCUGGUGGGCCCGGCCUGCUAGUAGUGCUCCCACCAUCUGCCGUGACUGUUCCCAGUCCCUCCACAUCACUCUGAAAUAACAACCCCCAUGGAGGUCAAACUCAGCAGGC